AUGCAAAAGUCUAACUGGAAUGAUGAUAUUUUAACUAUUGAGCAAUAUGAAUAUGCUGCAAAAGACGCAAAAGCUACUUAUAUUCUCUGGGACGAAUAUAAAGAUUCUAAUCCUGAAGUUUAUAAUCGAAUGAAGCAAGCAAGCUCAAUAAUAGAGAAUUAUGCAAAAAGAGGUUUGCCUGUAGAUCUCAAGGAACUACAAAUAAUAAAGCAAGCUAAAGAAAAAGAGCGUAAAAACGACUUACAAAAAAUUAGAAAUUUAGGCUAUGAAAAUAUCAUUACUCCAAAAGGUUUUACUACUAAAAAAGAACUAAUAAAGGACUUAUCACCUGAAGCUAAGAUAUUAGUAGAUAAAGUCAGGAGUUGUAAUUCCUAUAUAAAUAACAUAAUUUCUGGAGUAGAUAAGAGAAUAGAAAACUUGCGACUGCCAAUUAAUGUAUUAAUUUGCGGUACUGAAACAGUUAGGUUAGCUACAGUAAGCCCAAAUGUGCAAAAUUUCCCAAGACAAGGCUUUAAGCAUAUUUUUAAGGCAAGUGCUGGGCACUCUAUCAUAAAAGCUGAUUUUGCAGGUCAGGAACUCCGAAUGGCUGCUGCUAUAUCUGGUGAAAAGGUAAUGCUAAAUGCCUUUAAUAAUGGUGAUGAUUUACAUGCACUCAUGGCUGCUAAAUUAAAUAAUAUUUCUAUUGGGGAAUUUAAUAGUAAAGAAGCUGCGUGGAAAAAGGCAGAGCGUCAGAAAGCAAAAGCUGCUAACUUUGGAUUCUUAUAUGGGAUGGGUGCUAAAAAGUUUGUAAGUACCGCAAAAGCAAAUUAUGGUGUAGAAUUGACAGAACAAGAAGCUAUAAAAGUAAAAAAUACAUUCUGGGAAAGUUACCCUGAUUUGAAACAUUGGUGCGCUGUAGAGAGGCGAAAAUGCCAAGAACGUGGAUAUGCUUUAACACUAGGUGGUAGAAAACGUUAUUUUAAAGAUAUGGACGCAGCUUACUGCGAACAAAUAAAUACUGCUGUUCAAGGUUCUGCUGCUGAUAUUUUAUUGGAAACAUUAAUAGCACUUCCUUCCGAAAUUGAAAAAUAUUUAAUUAAUACUGUGCAUGAUGAAUUGGUCUUUGAAGUUCCUAAAACUGUUAUUGAUGAUAGCUUUAAACAAUCUAUAGAAGCUGCUAUGAUCAAAGGUGUUAAAAUUAUUAGCCCUGAAUAUCCUAUCAGAGAUAUAGCUGAAAUACAGGAAGUCGAUACUUUAUAA